CUUUAUAAUAAACAAUAUAAAAGAAUCUCACUUAUUUAUUAUCGUCUUUAUUUUACACAACAAAAAAUCAACUAAUAUCACAAAGUUGACCCGAGAAGGGAAGGAUGGAUUGAUUCGUGUGGCUCUUGAUGAUGACAAAGCAAAUAACUGCUCAGGGUGGGUGUUGCAGUUGUCAGGCAUGUAUGGUCAAGUCGCGUCAGUCCAUCUAGCUGACAAUGGUCUUUAUGUCGCUGUUAAUCAAGGAAAAAGAUUGGUCUUUCCUUCCUCUAUCUCAAACAUGGAUGUACUUUUGGAUACUUUGGAAACGUUACUCUUAUUUGUGGCAAAAAUGGAAUCACAUGCUCAUUUGAUCAAGGAUACCAUCGAAACUAUGGAAUCUCGACGCAGAUCUCUCGGAAAAAUGUUUAAUAGACCACUCCGUGAUGAUGGUCUUGCUACUUCCUCUAGUCGAUCAACAACAAUAGAAUACGAUGGUGAUCCUGAUGAAUUUGGAUUCAUCAAAUUGAUGGAUGGUCGCGUAUACAAUGUCAUUCAAAAAGAAGUCAUGGAUAGGCACCCCUUCGAUGAAUAAAGUAUAUACUUUAUUUAAAAUCAUAUAUGAUUUUGAUCAGUCGUUGCUCAAGGCCAAACAAAACAAACCAGCAUUAUCAUCACUCUUAUCAUCCACUAUAGCUUUAUUAGUUAGUUCCUUAUACAUCUUUUUUUUUUUAUCUCUCUCAUGCCCUUCUCCAAUGCAUAUACGCAUAUAUACCAUCUUACUUUUAUAUAUCAUUAAAUAAAUACCAAAUGCCUGCUUUGUUUUUUUAUUUUUAUUUUUAUACAAUUGGCCUUUAUUUUAUACAUCAUGUUUAUUGAAA